AUGGUUAAUGGUGGCAAAGUGGAAUUCCGGACAUGCAUCAACUUCUCGCAGAGAUCCAAUGUUGAUUUAGACAGAUUCUGCAAUGAAUUAAUUGGCAUGUGUAAUAGCAAAGGGAUGGAAUUUAAUCCAAGACAUUUGGUUCCUAUUCGAUCUGUUCGUCCUGGUCAGAUAGAGAAGGCCCUCUUUGAUUUGCACACUGAUUGUUUAACUAGAGUGACUGGGAAACAAAUUCAGUUGCUAAUAGUCAUUUUUCCUGAUGUCAUCGGAUCUUACGAUCAAGAGAGUUUGCGAAACAGACUUGGGAAUUGUCUCUCAAUGUUGUCAGCCAAAGCAUGCAUCUAUGCAUCCAGAUACAAUAAACAAUAUCUUGAGAAUGUUGCUCUAAAAGUCAAUGCGAAGGUUGGUGGCCGAAAUACUGUUGUGGAGCAGGCUAUUAAUGGAAGAAUUCCUUAUCUUACUGAUCACCCUACAAUCAUAUUUGGGGCCGAUGUUACUCAUCCUCAACCAGGGGAGGAUUCCAACCCUUCUAUUGCUGCUGAAGAGAUUGUACAAGAUCUCUACAAAACAAUUGAAGAUCCUAAUAGAGGCACUAUUCAUGGUGGCAUGAUCAGUGAUGGAGUUAGCGAGGGGCAGUUUAACCAAGUUCUUUUACAUGAAAUGAAUGCAAUCCGGAUGGCAUGUGUUUCAAGUGAACAAACUUACCUACCACCUGUUACCUUAGUUGUGGUUCAAAAAAGGCACCAUACAAGUCUCUUCCUUGCCAAUCAUGGGGAUCGAAAUACAACAGACAAGGGAACUAGCCGCCGCACACAUUACCAUGUGCUGUUUGAUGAGAACAAAUUCAGUGCUGAUGCUUUGCAGCUGUUAACCAACAGCUUGUGUUAUACGUAUGCUAGGUGUACUCGAUCGGUCUCUAUAGUUCCUCCUGCUUAUUAUGCCCAUUUGGCUGCAUUCCGUACUCGAUACUAUGUCGAAGGUGGUGAGCUCUCUGACAGUGGAUCUGCUCCUGGAAGAGACGCAACAAGGGAGAAGAAUUUGGAGGUUCUCUCACUGCCUGCAAUCAAGGAUAAUGUCAAGGAUGUGAUAUUUUAUUGCCAGAGAGCACUUUAUUUUAUAACUUCCAAAGUGGAAUUUUUGGUGGGUGAUCCGGCUAGCAGUAAGACUUCUUGUUGCGGAUAG